UCUAAUUAUACACAGAAGCAGGAGAUCUGCAGCGUGAAGGAGAGCCUGAGUGGAACAUGGACUGAAGAAGAGGACAACAAAUGGAGAAGAGGCUGAGAGCGCCACUCAGCAGCGGUUCAGAUGUGAGGAGGAGCGAGAGAAAGCCAGAAAAGGCAAAUCUGUCCGACAAAGGUUAACAGGGCUGACAGACUGACUGACUGACUGACUGAGCAGAGUGGGAGUGUUUAAUGUAAAAGCGAGUAGGAGCCCGCGAGGACGCCACGAACCAGACAGGUGUGUGUGAGGUGUCUGUCCUCCCUCUGCAAGCGUUCAUGGACUUACUGCAUGAGGAUGGAUGCCCAUAGAUACCCAGAAAACUGAAACCAAUCAUGCUGACCUUGCGUGUGCGACAGUUGCCAAGAGACUAAUGGCGUCUCCAUCACAUGAUGUCGGCACCAUCUGCGCUUCGGCGGGAGGUCAAGCAGUGCUGGUGUGAGUGACAGGCGGCUUGAGGCGAUGAGCUUCGCAAAGAAUCCAACUCUUGUCCUGGACAAGGGCAGCCUCCCGCUAAAAAAGAGAGACCAAAGACUGGGUUCAAAGCUCCAGCAGCAGCAGCAACAGUGUGAAGCUGCAAAUUUCAAAGUGCCAUACCCUCACAGAAGCCACGGAGAGGUGAAAAUGAAACCCACGGGUCCGUUUCGGCCUGUACCGAGACGGGUCCCAGCGCUGCACCAGCCCUGGAUGCAGACGAGUGCACCUGCCAGUCCCAAGCAUCUCAUCCCCUCAGCCUUCAGGGAGCAUCACGGUUGGGCCGAGUGGAGAGACUUUAACCCCAUUUCUCCUGGAUGGGAUUUUCCCCGGCAGAACCAGCACCACUUCCACACGGGCCAACCUCUCCACUCCUGCAGGUUCAGCUCCGUCUCUCUGGUCAGUGAUGGCUUCCACAGAGCAGGUGGAAGCUGGGAGAAGCUCAAGUCUUCAGGAGAUAAGAGCUUAAAUCUAGAGAGGCACAGCUACGACAAACAUAAAGGUCCAUAUGUGAGACAAGGAGACAGGAAAUUUGAUUUUUUGCCCAAAGAGGAAAAAAGUAGUCCUCCUCUACUGGGCAGGAGCUUACCUCCUCAUGAGGAUUUAACCUUGCAGGAGGACUCGGUACACAAAGCAGCAAAAGCUCUUUCUUCUCCCCAACUCUCUCUGAGGAGCACUUCCCCUCCCAAAGUAAACAGGUCGUACACCGCCAUGACAGAAUCCCCACCUGCUGAUGUCCCCCCUCUGGAGCAGGCCUCACCCUGCGCCUCCUCCGCGAGCCGUUUCCCCUGGCUGCUCCCUCACUUCAUGGCAGGUUCUCUGAUCGAGCUCAGAGACGGUCGCCUCAGGAGGGUGGAGCACUUGCAAACCGAGGACUUCCUGCUCGGCUCUCUGGCCUGUCCAGAUCUGCGGCUGAGCUGCUGCACUGUGCAGAGCAUCUCUCCUCCUGACUCCUCCGCCUCCUCGGUUUCCCGCCUCCUCAUCCUGCUUCACGAGCAGCAGUCCCAGGAGCUGGUGGACGUGUAUGUGGAGUACCCGUUCUUCGUGCGUGGGCAGGGCUGGUCGUCCUGCAGUCCUCAGAGGACUGCUCGUCUCUGUGGCCUGCAGUGCCGCCAGCUCAGCGUGGGGGACGUCUGCCUGGCUCUCACGCCCGUCUCACCUCCUCUGUCAGCCACUGCGGGGCUGAAAGUUUCACCCGGGAACGGAAAAUGUAUACCUCUGGGGGCACAAGCUAGCCAGCUCUCAAAGGGGCCGAUGAUGAGAGCAGAGGCGGGACGCAGGAGACACUAUUCAGCCCCCUAAGUGGAGUAGAACAGGGGUUGCGUGCACAAAGUGAGGAGAGUGAUGGUUGGAGACUUCAUUGGUCUCUGCCAUUCUCUACCUAUGUUUGCUGUCCUUCUACCUCCUGGAACGUGUCUGUGCUUGACCUGUUGUGUCUCUUUCAACAAAAGUCGCAGUGAAAGUGAGGCUGCAUUUAAUUGAACUCUGUAGGUAAAGUUACAUUUCAGAUGACAUUUUUUCAGCAAAAGCAAACUGGGGCUGACUCCCGUGAUCAAACACAAACCAGAGCACAUGCCAUGGGAAACACAGCAGUGAAAAAACGCACAGCUAACCCAUAAAAAACAACCAUGCUGAGUGUUUUUUUUUUUUUUUUUUUUUACGGAGCUCCUGAAAGGAUAGUGAAGUAAAAUAAAACACUGGUUUCUCAUACACACCAGAUAGUAAGUGGUGAAAGCAAGUGAAUUCCCUGCGCCGAAACAAACCGCAGGACUUAAGAACUGGUUUUAGGUGACGUUCAGAGAUAACAUAACGGUGAUGUUGGAUAAGUAAAGCUAUAAAACUCAAUAAAAUAACUCAAUUAUUUAAGUAACUUAAUAUGCUUGUGUAAUUGUUACGGGUGUGUUUUUAUUGUGCUAAUCCUGAGAUUCUUGUUCUGGACUGUGAAGCUGUGAGGGGAAAUUCCAAGGACCAUGAACUCCUCAUGAAUGGAAGUGCACAACAGGCAACAGGCGACCGCCUGGUAUCAAUCAGCUCUUAUUAGAGACCAGGACGAGAAAGGAGGAAAUAUAGGAAUCCAGAAUGGGGGUUACCCACUCCCCGGAUCCAUGCCGCAGCAGGAUGUGCGCAGUCUCCCUCAGGAGAAGAUAUAGACAAAAAUGAUACAUCCCCGGAGAGAACACGACAAAAUACCAGUGGCGAUGGAGUCCCGUCUAUCAGUCUUACUAUCUACCAGGCACCACUUUCUAUCUUGUGCACACCACUUACUAUCUAGAAGGCACCACUUGCUAUCUAGUAGGCACCACUUGCUAUCUGGUAUCCACCUUUUACAAUUUAGUGUGCAACACUUACUAUCUAGUGCCCAAACAGUUACUAUCUGGUGACCACCAUUUACUAUCUUCUGGGCAACACUAUAUAGGGUGAAACACUUAUCUAGUGCGCACUUUUUGCGAUCUAGUGCGCAGCACUUACUAUCUAGUGUGCAUUACUUGCUAUCUAGUGUGCACUACUUGCUAUAUAGUGCGCACCACUUACUAUCUAGUGGGCAACAUUUACUAUAGUGUGCAACACUUACUAUCUAGUGCACCCUUUUUGCAAUCUGGUGUGCACCACUUACAAUGUGGUGCACACCGCUUACUGUCUAGUGGGAAACACUUACUAUCUAGUGGGCAACAUUUACUAUCUAGUGUGCAACACUUACCAUCUAGUGUGCGCCAAUUGCUAUCUAGUGCGCAACACUUACUAUCUAGUGUGCAACACUUACUAUCUAGUGUGCAACACUUACCAUCUAGUGUGCGCCAAUUGCUAUCUAGUGCGCAACACUUGCUAUCUAUUGCGCACCACUUACUAUCUAGUGUGCAACACUUACCAUCUAGUGUGCGCCAAUUGCUAUCUAGUGCGCAACACUUACUAUCUAGUGUGCAACACUUACUAUCUAGUGUGCACCACUUACCAUCUAGUGUGCGCCAAUUGCUAUCUAGUGCGCAACACUUGCUAUCUAUUGCGCACCACUUACUAUCUAGUGUGCAACACUUACCAUCUAGUGUGCGCCAAUUGCUAUCUAGUGCGCAACACUUACUAUCUAGUGUGCAACACUUACUAUCUAGUGUGCACCACUUACCAUCUAGUGUGCGCCAAUUGCUAUCUAGUGCGCAACACUUGCUAUCUAUUGCGCACCACUUACUAUCUAGUGUGCAACACUUACCAUCUAGUGUGCGCCAAUUGCUAUCUAGUGCGCAACACUUACUAUCUAGUGUGCAACACUUACUAUCUAGUGUGCACCACUUGCUAUCUGAUGUGCAAGAAAAAGUUUUUUUUUUUUUUUUUUACUUCAAUGUCCCUUUAAGGGCUCCAUAGUUUUUAGUGGCAUUUUCUGCAAAAACCUGUUUAAACAGAGCUUAUCAUUUCUUGGAGUUCAAAAUCUAUCCACCCACAUUCCUUUGAAAGCACAUGAAAGCACCGCCUCAGGUCUGGCCACUGCUUUUUAACUUUAUCUCUUUUCUGCCUAAAGGGCAAAAGUUCCUUAUAGAUUCUAGAAGUUACUGAAGGAACUGAUUGUAUGGUAAGCUGUAUUUGUGUGCUUCUACCUCUAUUUACAGAUGUGUGAUUAUUUAAUAUUGUGAGCAGUGAUUUCAUGUGGCAAUCACACAGCUUUUUAGUGAAUGCCUGAUUUUUUCCUCAUUAUAUGCAACAAAUAUACUGUAUAUGCUUUGUUUUUUGAACCAAGAAAAGAGUCCAAAGAGUAGAGAUCCUCUGGUAAAUCUGAAUGUGUAGAAGGAGGCAACUUUCUACCUAAAACUGGUCAGAAGCCCUCAUCAUACUUGAUGUGACAUCGGCUAUGAUGUCUCCAAGAACAUUGGAAGAAGACAGCAAGGAUGCAACAAAAAAGUGAAUCUAAAUUAAAGAAA